GGUUCAGUCUCACUGCACUGAGACCAUAUCGUUUUUUUUUUCAAUUUACUCUGGAAAAGUUGAGUAUUGCGAAUUAUCUUUGUAGCUUUCAAAUAUUUCCACAGCCUGUAAGUAAACAGCAGUUUUUCUGUUUUUGGCUUUUUUUUGCGCGAAGAAAACUGGUGGUCCACGAUAACUCACAGCUGGACAGAGAUGAGCAGUCCCGAUGCGGGUUACGCCAGUGACGAUCAAAACCAGGCAAGGAGUGCGAUGUCAAUCAUGAUGCCUGGAAUGGGACACGGACACUGUACGUGGCCGACAGACUCUAUCAGCCCUCUCGGGGACACCAAAGUGAAAAACGAGUCGUGUGCAUCCAACUCCGGGAACCAGAAUCGUGGCAAGAGUGAGCCGAGGAUCCGCCGACCCAUGAACGCGUUCAUGGUUUGGGCAAAGGAUGAGCGCAAGCGGCUGGCGCAACAGAACCCGGACCUGCACAAUGCGGAGUUGAGCAAAAUGCUAGGAAAGUCAUGGAAAGCCCUCCCUGUGACAGAGAAGCGGCCUUUUGUGGAGGAGGCGGAAAGGCUGCGGGUCCAACACAUGCAGGAUCACCCCAACUACAAGUACCGGCCCAGGCGGAGGAAGCAGGUCAAGAGGAUUAAGCGUCUGGACUCUGGGUUCCUGGUUCACGGGGUGUCUGACCACCAGGGCGCCUCACUGAGUGGGGAUGGCCGUGUCUGCCUGGAAGGACUGGGGCUGGGCUACCACGAGCACGGCUACCAAGUACCCCCACAGUCUCUCAGCCACUACCGUGAUGCUCAGGCCCUGGGCGGGGGCUCCUACGAAGCCUACAGCCUGCCAACCCCCGACACCUCCCCGCUGGACGCUGUGGAAACAGACUCCAUGUUCUACUCUCCACACUCACAGGAGGACUGCCACGUGAUGCCCACGUACGCCUACCACUCACAGGGAGCAGAGUACCCACCCCAGGACCACCACACCACCAACCACCACAGUACCCCACUCCUACACAGACACCUUUCCCCAGCCCCCGAGCAGGCAGGCCAAGCUGCCCCCCUGCCGCCAUCCUUCAUGGGCUGCCCCAACCCCCUGGCCAUGUACUACAGCCAACACUGCAAUCCCAGUCACCCUAAACGCCACGCAAGCCACGGAGCAGGACAGCUCUCCCCCCCACCAGACUCCCACACCCACUCAGCGGACAGCGUGGAGCACAUGCACCCAUCAGAGCUGCUGGGGGAGGUGGACCGCAGUGAGUUUGAGCAGUACUUGAACUCAUCGUCAGUCCGGGCGGACAUGACAGGUCUGGCGUACGGGGCACAUGAGGCCAACAUGCAGGGACCCGAGAGCCUCAUAUCCUCAGUGCUCUCUGAUGCCAGCACAGCUGUGUACUACUGUAACUACAACAACUCGUAGCCUUCCCCCCGCCUGUCUGUCUGUCAACUAAUACAACACCGCAUAUGUUGAACUCAGUUGUGUGUCUCUCAUUCUGACACCUCUCUCUGUCUUUAAUGACCUCACCAGUGCCCUUCCAAGACAACACAAAUAUGUGUACUCUUAAAACAGUUCGGCAAUACACAUGGUUAUUUUGGUCUUGAUUUAAAAAAAGGUUUUAGUAUUUUAACGGAGCAAGAUGAAUAAUUGUAAUGUGAUAUCAUUGUUCACACAUUGGCUUUCAUAAUCUUUUUUGUGAGAUACUCCUGAGCUGAAAUAUAAAUGCAUUUUGUUUUAAUAAAUGUACAGCUACUAUUUCAAAGUGAAUUUAUAUGUGUUUUAUACUUUUGCACUUUUGAAAAAUAAAGUUUUGAA